CAGCAUUUGUGAUGGAGGGAGAUUCAGUCACUCUACACACUGAUGUUGAAACAAAACAACAAGAAGAUAUAAAAUGGUAUUUUGAUGACACUAGAAUAGCUCAAAUCAGUGGAGAUCUCAGUUUUAUCUGUACAGAUGUUCAGUGUAAUGUUGGUAAUGAGAGAUUCGAGGACAGACUAGAGCUGGACAGUAAAACUGGAACUCUUACAAUCAGAGACAUCAGAACCACAGACUCUGGACUUUAUGAACUAAAGAUCAUCAGCAUCAGUAGCAGCAGCGAAAAGACCUUCAGUGUUACUGUUCAUGAUGUUCCUGCUGGUGAAGGAGAUGAAAUGAAGAGAAAGUCAGUGGAGGAGGGGGAAUCUGUUACUUUACAUCCUGGUGUAAUGAAAAACCCAAAUGAUUUGAUGACGUGGUAUUUUAAUGACAUCUGCAUCGCUGAAAUCAACGAAGAACCCAGAAUGAUUUGUACAGAUAUUCAGUGUAAUAAUGGUACUGAGAGAUUCAGAGACAGACUGAAGCUGGAUCAUCAGUCUGGAUCUCUGACCAUCACAAACACCAGAACCACAGACUCUGGACUUUAUAAACUGCAGAUCACCAGCAGCAGAUUCAGCAUUAUAAGGAACUUCGGUGUUAAUGUCACUGUUCCAGGUCUGUCUGCAGGUGAAAUAGCAGGAAUAUGUGCUGCUGCUGUCCUGCUGCUUAUAGCUGCACCUGUUUUUUUUUGUUUUUACAAGUGUCGCGUAAAAAGGAAAGACACCAGGAUGCAGCACAAUGAUCAGGCGAUUGGUAUUAACGAUUUGUCGCCUAAUCAGAGUGACGUUCCACUGAUGGAUGAUGCUAAUGAGAGGUCCUCUAAUCACACUGAUGCUCUAGUGAUGAACACUACCAAUGACCCGUCCUCUAAUCACAUUGAGAUUGAGCCUGCGGCUGCCAGGAGAGUCUGUGGGCCUUUUCUGAACCUUCGAUCUAAAAUCAGCAACACUCGUCUCAUUGGGUCCUGUUGAAGCGUUCUGUUACGGCCCACCUCAAUCGAAUCUAGAACUCAGUACUCGUGCAUUGUUUACUGCCCUGAUGGCACACGUACAUCACAGAGACAUCUAU